AUGGAUAUCCAUCCCACAUCGACGUGGCCGGCCUCUGUCGACGAACAUAUCAAGCCCAUGCUGGACUCAUCGGCCCUGAUUAUCAUCGACACACAGAACGAUUUUGUCGACGGGGGAGCGAGUCCGAUUGCAGGAACAUCGGCGAUUGUUCCAGCUUUACGCUCCCUCCAAGCGGCGUUUCGAGCAGCUGGCCGGCCCAUCGUUCAUGUGGUUCGCAUCUAUCGUGGUGAUGGUGAGGAUGUGGACCGCGUGCGGCGCGGCGCCAUUGCUUCAGGCACCAGAAUCGUGGCUCCGGACACAGACGGAGCUCAAGUCGUCCCCGGCCUCAGUCGAGACUGGCGCUUGAAGCCUUCGGCGCGUUCCCUGCUGAACGGAGACAUUGUCGAGGUCAAUGAUGCCGAAUUUGUCAUGUGGAAGCCGAGGUGGAGUGCCUUUCAUCGCACGCGUUUGCACGACUUCCUCCAGGGGUUGGGCAUCACGACCGUCGUGAUUGCGGGAUGUAAUUUCCCCAACUGCCCUCGCGCCACGAUCUUCGACAGCAGUUCUGGAGACUAUCGCGUGCUGGUGCCGUCGGACGCUCUCUCCAACAUCAGCGGUUCGCAUCUCGAAGAGCUGGGGAGGAUUGGUGUUUUGCAUGCCAUUACCGGCCGCAUCAUCGACGAACUUGGAUUGACGACUUCCAGCCCUGGACCCUGA